UAAUUAUUGGUGAUAUGUUUUGCGAUACUACACUAACAGGGUAUCGUUACAAACGACGCAGAUCAACGCGUUUAUUUAAAGAGGGCACUCGGAUGUCAAUAUGAGUUAUGUCAGCGGCGUCUGUUGCUUUCUUUGCUAAGAUUUGAGCAUUGAUGGUAGUGAUCCAUUUGGAAUAAGUUUAGUCCUGUUUGAACAUGAAGGUUGCUGUGCUUGGUGCGACUGGUCAAACUGGGCAGCAGCUGGUAAAUCAAGCUCUUCAGCAAGGACACACUGUCACAGCUGUCGUCAGAAACCCUGGAAAACUGACUGUAACACACGAGAACCUCAAGGUGGUUGAAGGAGACAUUUUCUCAGAAGACAGCCUGAAACCGCACUUCAAAGGUCAGGAUGCUGUGAUGUCCUGUCUUGGCUUUCCAGUCUCGUUUUUUUAUGGUGUCACUGGCUACACCCAGUCUAUGACGGCAGCAAUAAAUGCAAUGCGUGAUGUCAAAGUUAAUCGAAUCAUCACCAUGACAUCUUGGUACACUGACCCUAAUUCGGGCACCAAUUCUUCCUUUCUAAUCCGCUUCAUGUUGCUUCCGAUGAUCAGAAGUGUUCUAAACAACAUGUAUGAAAUGGAAAAUGUUCUUAAGCAGACUGAAGACAUUAACUGGACUGUUGUCAGGCCCCCUGGUCUCAAGAAUACACCGGCCACAGCCAAUGAGUUUCUAACUCACGAAGGUUAUUAUGUCCCGGAUGAAAAUGGUCUUCCAAUUGGACAGUCCGUUUCAAGAGGAAAUGUGGCUCGUUUCAUGCUCUCUCUACUGAACAACAAUGCUUGGAUGAAGAAAGCUGUUGCUAUCAUCACCAAAUGAAUUUGCACUACACUUAUAUCAUCACUUUAAUCAGCUGCUCUGGAUUUAUGUCACAAACAACUAAAAGUCAAAGACUUUCAGACUAGCAGAUAAUAUCCUCUUUGUUUUUCUUAUAUAGUAAAAAUUUGUCUUAUUUACCACUUGUUUGCAUAAUAUAGCAUAAGUGCAGUAUAUACCAUGCAUUUAACUAACAGGAAUUUCAUUUUGCUGUAUUUAAAAUGAUCACAUAUAGCUAAUCGGAUUUCAAGUAAAUGAAGUGACUGGAGGCUGUACACAGAACAUACUGUAGAACAUUUGCUCUUGUCUACACACAGGUUUACCAUUGUUGGUUUUAAAAUGUAAAUAAACUGUAAUUGUAAUUUUGA